AAAGGUGGUUUAUCCUUAAUGGUGUUUUUCUAAUUUCCCUCACUAGCCAAGAAGGAUCAAGAAGGUGGGGAAGAAAAGAAAUCUGUACAGAAGAAAAAAGUAAAAGAGCUGAAAGUGUUGGACUCAAAGACAGCCCAGAAUCUCUCAAUCUUUCUGGGUUCCUUCCGCAUGCCUUAUCAAGAGAUUAAGAGUGUUAUCCUGGAGGUGAAUGAGGCUGUCCUCACUGAAUCUAUGAUCCAGAACCUCAUUAAACAGAUGCCAGAACCAGAGCAGUUAAAAAUGCUUUCUGAACUGAAGGACGAGUAUGAUGAUCUGGCUGAGUCAGAGCAGUUUGGAGUGGUGAUGGGCACAGUGCCCCGUCUUCGGCCUCGCCUCAAUGCCAUUCUCUUCAAGCUACAAUUCAGUGAGCAAGUUGAGAAUAUCAAGCCAGAGAUUGUGUCUGUCACUGCUGCAUGUGAGGAACUUCGUAAGAGUGAGAGCUUCUCCAGUCUUCUGGAGAUCACACUGCUUGUUGGAAACUACAUGAAUGCUGGCUCCAGGAAUGCUGGGGCUUUUGGCUUUAAUAUCAGCUUCCUCUGUAAGCUCCGAGACACCAAGUCUGCAGAUCAGAAGAUGACUUUGUUGCAUUUUCUGGCUGAGUUAUGUGAGAAUGACUACCCUGAUGUCCUCAAGUUUCCUGAUGAGCUUGCCCAUGUAGAGAAAGCCAGCCGAGUUUCUGCUGAGAACUUGCAGAAGAACUUAGAUCAGAUGAAGAAACAGAUCGCCGAUGUGGAACGUGAUGUUCAGAAUUUCCCAGCUGCCACAGAUGAAAAGGACAAGUUUGUUGAGAAAAUGACUAUAUCCUUUCUUUGGAGGACUUAAUCCCUGGGAAGGGAAAAAUCUUCCCUGGGGAGUAGAAUAGAUGAUGGCAAUAUUCAGUUUUCACCUUUGAAUUGUUUUUUUCCACUAAAUACACAAUUUUUAAACUUGCUGUAGGAGGGAAAGCAAACCUUACAGAUGAACGACAAAUCCCUGAGUGCCUACUGUGUGUCCCAUUCCUGUUAUAAACAUACCCAUCUUCACUAAAAGCCCCCAAGUCCCUACUCUGUGCCCCGUUGCUGUCACAGACACGCCCUUUCGCUGCCACUUUCUGAUUGAUACCUCACUGUUUGUUUUAUACCGAAACUGCAUCAUGGAGCUUUAUCUGCAUACAUCUCAGUCUCGUGUCUAUAGUAGUCUGUGCAGCUCCUAAUGUAUAGGUUAGCCGUAGUUUGUGAUUUGUCACUCUGGAUAAUUAGAGUGCUUCUGUUCUGUCGUGAGCAGUACUCUAUGGUGGUUGCUGCACAGCCCAUUCUUCAUCUUUGAGUGGUUCUCUGACCUGGGUGUGCUUCUUGGUCAUGGUCCUUUACUCCCUGGCCGCACAGUUUUGUAAAAGAUGCACAGGAACAGUAUAACAAGUUACGGAUGAUGCACUCCAACAUGGAGACUCUAUAUAAGGAGCUAGGUGACUACUUCAUCUUUGACCCUAAAAAGUUGUCUGUGGAAGAAUUCUUUAUGGAUCUGCACAAUUUUAGGAAUAUGUUUUUGCAAGCAGUCAAGGAGAAUCAGAAGCGCCGGGAAACAGAAGAAAAGAUGCGGAGAGCAAAGCUAGCCAAGGAGAAGGCGGAAAAGGAGCGACUGGAGAAACAGCAGAAGCGAGAGCAGCUCAUAGACAUGAAUGCAGAGGGAGAUGAGACAGGAGUGAUGGACAGUCUUCUAGAAGCUCUGCAGUCAGGGGCAGCAUUCAGACGAAAGAGAGGGCCACGCCAAGUCAACAGGAAAGCUGGGUGUGCAGUCACAUCUCUGCUAGCCUCGGAGCUGACCAAGGAUGAUGCCAUGGCUGCUGGUCCUGCUAAGGUGCCCAAGAAAAGUGAAGGAGUCUCCACAAUCCUUGAGGAAGCCAAGGAGCUGGUUGGUCGUGCAAGCUAAGCUGGGCUCUGUGGCCAUUGCUGCUCCUAAGUGAAGCCCAGACUGUCUACCUGCAGCAUGUGCCUAAAUGGUCAUGCAGUGGCCACUCCACCACCUGACCCUGUCUUUCUGUCUGGCCUGCUGCUCUCUGAACAUCACAUACAGCUUCAGCUGCCUGGAGGCCAGAAGGGAAGGGCAGUGUAGGGGUGGCCUGAGCCCAGCCCAGCCACCCCUGGCUGUGGUAUUACCAAAGCAGGGUCCAUGUUUGCUGCCUUAACCCUGUCUCCUCCAUGUUAUCCAGAGGUCCUGGUCUCAGACAAAACCCAGCCUGCUUUCUUAGCCCCCCUUUCUAGUGGGCCUUCCCCUAGGUCAAUCUUGCUGGAUUUGUGCUUUUCUUUUGUGGUUUCUCUAGCCCUGAGAAUAGCAUGGGACUUAAGAACCUUUGGGCUAGAUCCUUUUACUGCUGUCACCUCUGCUUUUCCUCCUGGCAGUUAUUUAUUACUAGUGCUGUGGCAUUGGGAGCUGCUUCUGCAAAAGCAAGAAGCAAAUCCCACCCUUACCCCACUUUCCUGGGAAAGUCUCCCAGGCAAAGGUCUCAACCACUCUCCUCAUUCCACUGUGGCCCAGGUCUGAGCCAUAGGCAGAUAGUAGGGCAUAGUGACAGUGUGGGGCCCGCCCCCUGCCCGCUGCCAUGCUUUAUGCCCUUGCCUCCCUGGACUCUCUGCACCAGCCCUCCCUCCACCCUGCAACUGAGCCCCCCCUACCCCAUGCCUUCCCUGGAGCUUUGGUGCAUCUCAUUUGGAGUGUGGGCUGUAGUGUGACCAUCCCAACACCUCACCCCCUCCAUCCAAGGAAAUGGGAGGUGGAGCCUCCUGGCUAAGAAAUUGUUUUGCAAAUGGAUCUAUUUUUAUAUGAAAAAAAAUUUUUUAAGAAAAAUAACUUGGUCCCGUUCCCCUUCCAUAAUAAAAGAAACUUUGAUGGUAGGUUCAAGCAUUCCUGGGGUCAGUCCUGAAUAUGGCCUGGGUGUUAGCCCCAUCCUUCAAGACUAAACCCUGCGGUCAGGGCAGACCCUUCCCUAGCAUCAGUUCUGGGGCAAGAGAAUUUCUCUUGUUGGGCUGGGCCACACCAUAGGGUAGCAAGAACUCCAAUCCUGUGUUUUCAUGAAUGUAUUAAAUUAUCAAGCCAAACGUGCAGUUGUUAAGUGGACGCUGAGAAGUGGGCACAGGGCCCCCCACCCACCCAGCAAUGAGUCAGACUGGGUGGCCCAAACCUCAGGAAGCUCAGAUUCUCUGGCUUAGGGUCACUUUUUUGUCCUUAGCCCCUUUCAGCUUCCCCUCUGAGGCUACAGAGAAGGAAUGGUACUGUCCAGGCUUGACACAGAUUUAGAGUUGCCAGAGCAUGGAGGGUUUAGGAAAUGCUAGGGGCAGCCAGUACAGGGGCCCUCGUGGCCAGGAAGGCGGUUUGGGCUGCUAGAGCUUGUGUCUGAAGGAGCAGUGGCAGCUCCAGGGCUAUUUCCUGUGAGACUGAUGCAGGGUCCAGUUCUUCCCUGAGCCACCUCCUUGCAAGCUGACAUCUGGGGUUUUGACCCUUUUCUUUUUUAAUCACUUUUGCUAAAAUGCAUUUAAUUAAAAAAGUUUUUUUAAGUAGAGGGGACAAAAUGGGAACCCCUUGCCUCUUGGGCUUCUGGGAUGUCAUCACCUCCAGUUUGAUGGGUUUUGUUUCCAACUGUCAAUAAAGCAUUGAAACAGA